UCAGGCAUAACAUGGGUGCUGGUGUAUAGAACAGACAAGUACAAGAGGCUGAAAGCGGAGGUGGAAAAGCAGAGUAAAAAACUGGAAAAAAAGAAGGAAACCAUAACUGAAUCAGCUGGCCGGCAGCAGAAGAAGAAAAUAGAGAGGCAAGAAGAAAAACUGAAGAACAACAACAGGGAUCUGUCAAUGGUUCGGAUGAAGUCCAUGUUCGCAAUUGGAUUUUGUUUCACUGCUCUGAUGGGAAUGUUCAAUUCCAUAUUUGACGGCCGGGUGGUUGCCAAGCUCCCCUUCGUACCCUUGUCCUACAUCCAGGGCUUGUCUCAUCGUAAUCUCCUGGGCGAGGAUUACACCGACUGCUCCUUCAUCUUCCUCUACAUUCUGUGCACCAUGUCUAUUCGUCAGAAUAUCCAGAAGCUGCUGGGCUUGGCUCCUUCCCGAGCUGCCACCAAGCAGGCCGGAGGAUUCCUUGGCCCACCCCCUCAAGCUGGGAAGUUCUCCUGAAGCCUGAGAAACGAUUCCUGUCGCAUCUCAUCCGUUGAAGAGAGGAGAAAAGAAAGAUCCCGAUAGCUUUGCGUUCGGUUCCGAUUGUGCGGAAGACGUCGUAAACACCACACCUGGGUGGUUCCAGGUGACCACAACGUGUGUUUUAAAGACUGGGGGGAGGGCUGAUCUCAGCACUUCCUGGUAAACUUUGGCAGAAAUUUCGGAAGUGAGGUUUCCUGUUAGAAGAACCUGAUUGCAAUGCCCUCCUCAGGGUGAAAAUUUUAAAAAAAUGCAUGUCGUCUGUUAUGAUGUAGGGCUGAUCUGGCUGACUCUGCUGUGCUCUCCAUUGAAAACGGUACUCUGAGUGGGACUGUUCUGUUUCCCAAGCAAAUUAAAAAUCAGGUGCCUUGCACUUGCCCAGAACUGAGUGUAAGACCCACAGACAAAUACCGGUAAGUAACAGUUCAAAAACGGUUUAAUAAUAUUGAAAGUUUAGGACUCCGACUCUUCCCAUGAAGUCUGCCUAAUAAAGGAAUACUUGCGAAGCUG